CGUACACACAGCGUAUAACUAGUACGGAGACAAGUAUUGCAGCAAUCACGGGACCCAGGUUAUAAUUUAGAACAUUGCGCAGCACAUCGAUAAUAUUGAUCGCCCAGCUUAUAGAGGAUAGCGAGCAUCCCACCAGUACUAUCACGGUGUUACUACGAUUCAGCAGAGACAUCAGUAAGUAUGGAGUCCGGUCGUUAUCACAUGGAUCCUACCGUCAGAAACCUAUGGCAACUGGAGGACCUGGCUAAACAGCACGGAGUUCCUGAGGAGGUCCAGACACAAAUCCAGAAGUGUCUUCACAGCUUCUUGACCCGAGAGGAGUACUGCGACAAUAUGUCUUCUCCAGUCAGUUAGGGUGUCCGUUAUGUGAUGGAGCAGACCAUGCAACACCCUUGGAAAAAGCUCAGCAAAGAGGGCACUAUUCCCAACUUGUCUCCAAUGAUGGUUUCGGGAAAGUUAGAAGGGAAUUUUCUUAAAACUCUUGUGAGCAUGAGCAACGCUAAGAGGGUUUUAGAAGUAGGACUUUUUACCGGAUGUGGUGCUUUAACAAUGGCGGAGGCUCUUCCGGCAGAUGGUGUUGUUGUUUCAUGUGAACUUCUUCCAUACCUUCAAGAUCUUGCUCGAGGUUAUUUGGACCAAUCACCGCACGGAAAGAAAGUAAUAAUCAAGGGAGGACCAGCUCUCGCGACAAUAAAGGAAUUAGCGAAAAAUGGAGAACAGUUUGACAUCAUAUUUCUUGAUGCCAAUAAAGACGAUUACUUCAGCUACUUCGAGUCGAUAAUGGAUAACAACAUGCUGUCUCCACGAGGGACGAUUCUGAUGGACAAUGCCCUGUUCCAAGGAUCUCCAUAUCUCAAGGAGAAAAUGAGGUUUGAUGGUCAAAGUACACAAAAAUUCAACGAAUUCAUUUCAAAGAACGACGAUGUUUACCAGGUAUUGGUUCCUAUUCGAGACGGAGUCUUGAUGAUACGACGCAAGGUGGACGUGGAGGGAUCUGUGUAGAGUUUGGCAAAUACUUUCACUACGGAAUACAUUAUUAUGUAGUACGGAAUACUUGUGCAUAAGUAUGUACUACGGAUAACGUAUACAGAAUACUUCUACUACGGACUGAAUGCAAUCUGCCCAUGGACAAUCACCUUUGUCUUAGCGACACUCUGUCCUCAACGAUUGACUGCCGUAUGGAACAACAAGAUACAAUAUACUGUCGGUUGUUACUUCAUGGUUAAAACGUGCUGCACAUAUUAAUUGCGUGAAUCUGUUAAUAAAACCACAUGCU